AUAUAGUACUGCGCUUGCAAUUCGAUACUCUUGCAGAAAGAUGAGUUCGGACAAAAAUGUUAUUGACGAAAGUAUGGACGAUGGGUUUCCAUCGAAUUUCCUCAGCACGUUCUCUGAUAAAAUGGAUUCAGAAUUACAAUUGGAGAAUGCACAAAUUAGGACCGCACAAAUUGCACAGGAAAGGCUAAAAAAAUUCAACGAAGCAUGGAACAUUCCUCCAUCGACUAGCUCGGAAAUACCUUCCACCAGCACCAACACCAUUCGUCAAACGCCGGAGGCUUCUUCAACGACGGCAUCGGAGAAAAAGGAACCAAAACAACCUUUGGUGUUACCGGCACAAACAACUGAUCCCACGGCCUUAACCUCUGCUCAAAGUUUGCUUGGAUCACCGUCAUCUUUGGAAAUUAUUGAAGACACACCACACCCUUCUACGUCGAGCGGUAGGAGAUUGAACUCGAACAAUCGGGGCACAAAUGCCGGCGGCAGACGUCGGUCCGUUUCAGAUGAGGACGAAAACGAUGACUACGAAAAUGAAAACCAGCAGAGACGAACUGGUCAUUCCCGGCGAACCCGGCCGUGCUACAUUGGCCGCAGUCGUAGCCCGCCGGAAUCUCGUAGACCUCGCAGACGGCGGUCGCGUACACGAAGCCGCCAUCGUAGCCGCUCCCCACGCCGUGCACGCAGCCGUUCCUGGUCUCGGGAAUCUCGCUCUUCUCGCUCCAGCGAACGCGAGGGACGAUCCAGAGGUUCUAAUCGUCGUGGCCGUUACAUCGACCAACCGGCGGUACAUGAAGCCGUCGCACCAUACAUGAUGGCGAUAAUGCAAAUGGUGGCUGGCGGAUGCAACCUUCCGAUGCAACCAGUUUUACCUGGCCAAAUGGCUAACCCUUUUUGGCAAGCUUCAUCGGCAAGCCAGAUACCACCAGCAACGGUGAAUCAACCGCCACCUUCGACAUCAUCAUCCAGUGAUCCCCGUUUAUUGUCAAAUGUUAUUAACUCAAACCAAAUCCCAACGCCAUCGAAUGACGGGGGAAAAGAACACUACGAUGGUACCACGGAGCUUUUUCUGGAAGGUAGAAUGCGCUUUGGACAAUACCUACGUGAGAAACCAUCGAAUAGCGGUCUCCGUAAUAUAAAUCCUAAAGUGUGCGAACGUGUAAAAGAGGCCAUAUCCAUUCUGGAGCGUCAAGAGACGAAGGAACAAACGGGCAAAUUUUUCUUUGUGCCUCCAUCUUAUUACAGCACAAAGCGCAGGAUGGAAACCCGAUCCCCGUUGAUUUGCAACGAUCAUAAUGUCCUUUUCGGGCUCACGUCCAACUUGCGCGAGGCAAAACUUUGCGAACCAUUCAGCAACGUGAAUGGGAAACUCAAAUCAUUGAUCGCAAAACUCGGCCUCGACGAGGGAGUUGUAUCGCAGCAGCUGGAAAAGUGUGCUCAUGCCAAAAACACCAACAACAAUCUUGGGGACGCUAGUGGAUCCUCCCGUAUAGAGGCCAUUUCGACGCUACCACCUAAACCCGGCAGUACCAGAGUGCGACACGUGAUUGAACGGGGUGUCCAAACGGAAGGAUACGCCUGUAGCGAUUGUGUCGAGCGGACCAGAAAAACCUUCGUUGCAACGGGCUCGCAGACCAUGAUCGUCGUCAAAUGCAAAACGGAUGCAGCCAGCCAAACCCCGUCCCAGCUCGGGCAAAAUCCGUUCGUGCCCAAAAUCACCCUGGAGAAUCUCACCACUAGCCAAAUCGAAACGAUCGAAGCGAUCGUGCAGUUCAUUCGCACCCGCCACGUGACCGGACCCGUCGAUGCUGUGCAGCACGCGCUCAGCAAGGACAGCACGGCACGGACCGUCAUGGGACCGACACUAUUUCAAAGCGCCCAAAGUGUGAUGUCAAUGAUGACGGAAAAUCCACGCCAUGCGAUGCCACCGCAACCGCCGCCAUCAUCAUCUUCGACGCCGUCGUAUGCGUGUUCGGCUGGCAGAUAUAUCGUUAGUUUCCAACAGCAUGUACAAACGAGUCGGCCGACCGUGAACAACAACAUGCAGCAGCCUCAGAUUCCACCUCCGGUCCCACCUACCACCCAUGGUGGUCGUUACUUCCAACCGUACAACAAUUCCUUGCCGUUUCAACCGGCAUGCUAUCCGGAGCAGCCAUUGUCGAAAAAGGCUAAGAAAAGAUUGAACAACAAAAACAGAUAGACGGUGUCUGCCGACGUCACUUCCGACCAUGAAACUGUCACUGAAUGCUCGCGGAAACGAAACUCUCUCGUGGGACAAUUUUUGCUUCUUUACCAUAUUGGCCUUUUAGCUUAACUUUUAUUUCCUUCUUUUUUUCUAUUUUCUCAAGUUACAAUAUGAUUCCGUGCGUCACGCACGAAUCGAAUCAUUUGAUCAUUUAUUCUUUGCAAUUAUUUUGAAGAAAACUGCAUUUUAAAUGCGCUUCGGAAAUGUAAAAAAAAAAUCAAUAAAAAAUGAACUAAAUUGAA